AUGCUUCGUCGUGGGCAGCACCUGGCGCUUUUGUGCGCUCUUUCGACUCGUAAAAGUACUCACACAUCGAGCAUACCAGACUCCGCAGUUGUGGCGCACACACAAACUGAACAAAAGAUGGUGCAGUCCGCUGAGAUUGUCAAUGAAACAGUGCACCAGAGGAAAGCCGAAGGUCAUCUGAAAAAUAGUAGCAUUGAUUCAGACGAUGUAAGCAUGAUGAGCAAGAGGGAUAUUGAGUGCAUUGAGCUGCACAAACUCCAGUACAUGCACUCGCAGGACGGGCCAUUUAUUGGUUCGCGGACAAAGGACAACACACCGGAUCAAGUGAGCUUCCGAAAACGUAGACACAUUGUUCGAGUUCCUCAACCAGACAUCGAGUACCGCCCGAACGAAACAUCAUUUAGGCGCCUCCCGAAGAACUACAUUAUCCCCAAUGAGUUUGAGCUUCGCGCGCUCUAUCCGAUGUCGACAAGCCUAAAGAUUAUCGAAGGAAAGGCUGAUUGCGUCGAUCACAGCGCAUUCAACAUCGAUGAAGAUCCGUCACCUAUUGCAUACAGUAUGAUCUCGCCGCCAGAUUGGAGGUCCGAUAUAGAGUACCCGUACAUGGUUGUGUUGCCUGAUCACCGCGGCGUUCCACGCGACUUUGAGGAUGUGUGCGCCAACUUCUUCGAGCGUCCCACUCAUUACGAAUUGAUGGUGCAACAAAGGUGGGUCAUUCUCUCCCCUGUUGUGAACCUUCGACAUAAUAUUCAAGUUCCGGUGGAAGGGGUGGUGGCGCGAUUCUGCGAUUGGGUGACGGACAACUUCCGCGUCGAGAAUGGGAAAGUGCAUCUUCUCGGCAAAGGUAAUGGUGGGUAUGUUGCACUGCGAACGGUGCUGGAGCACAAGGAUGUGGCCCUUAGCGUCACCGCAAUUUUAGGCCGCAACGGCUCCCCUUUUAGGCCUCUUGAUCGAGCACAGGAUAAAGUGAAGAAUUACAAUGGUGUCCAUAGUCUUGUGUAUGUGCCUGGGCUGCUAAGGAAGCAGGACUGGUACUACAAGUUUAAGUUCAUGCUAGACAUGGCACGGGUGCGCCCACCUCUUAGGAAUGUGCAUUUUGCUGAUGUACGGGACCAUCAAGUGUACUACGCCAUUAAUCCGCAUGAGUUUUGGAACUACAUGCUGUAUUUUCGGAAGUACCACAUGAGGAUGAUAACAGAGAGUGGCUAUUCUGUUUAG